AUGCAACUUACAGCUAUACCCCUCACGGCCGGGGCACUUGCACUGCAUAAUGGGUCUCUCUGCUUCUGUUCUGGCUGCAUCGCUUGGCGUGGGCCCAAGAAGAUUAAACACACCUACAGUGUCGUCGUGGAGAACGGCGGCGUCCUCGUGUCGCCCCGUCGCUUAGAGCGGACGAACAGCACCAUGAACUCGUACCCGCCGUCGUCGACUGGCGCCGUCGUCAAUUUCGACCCUACCGUAUACGACUCUAUCACCCGUACCGAGAGUCGUCGGCGAGACAGCACCGAGCGUCGUGAGAGACUCCAGCCUCAACCUCCCUCGACCACUCGGCCUCCUCCCUCCGACCCCCUCCCCAUCCCCAUCCCCAUUCCGCAACACACUCGCAAGAGUCGCGACAGUCGCCAUCCCAACGACGCAAAGUAUAUCCAGCCAAACGUACCGCGUAACUCGCUCGAUGUCUACCGCUCAAGACUGGAGCGCCACAUGUCCAACCUCAACCUCAACGUCAGUAUCAGUAUCAGCCCGCCAGAGCCCGCACCGCCACACCUUCCCAAGCAACGCGUCCGCUUCAUCCUCGACGGUCGAAUCAAGUGA